GCGCCGCUUCCGGUUCCCAGCGCCGGUGCGAAUGACUUACCCCUCGGUGGGGCGGGAGCCGGGCUCACCGCGACCCCGGGAGCCCACGAUCGCGCCGCGCCAGUCGGCAAGUGCGCCAGCACCAGCGUCCCACUCGCGCCCGGGACCAUGGCCACUGACUCGUGGGCCCUGGCGGUGGAUGAGCAGGAAGCGGCGGCCGAGUCGUUGAGCAACUUGCAUCUUAAGGAAGAGAAAAUCAAACCAGAUGCCAAUGGUGCUGUUGUCAAGACCAACGCUAAUGCAGAGAAGGCAGAUGAAGAAGAGAAAGAGGACAGAGCUGCCCAGUCCUUACUCAAUAAACUCAUCAGAAACAACCUUGUCGACAACACAAACCAAGUGGAAGUCCUGCAACGGGAUCCAAACUCCCCCCUCUACUCAGUGAAGUCCUUUGAGGAGCUUCGGUUGAAGCCACAACUUCUCCAGGGAGUUUAUGCCAUGGGCUUCAACCGUCCAUCCAAGAUACAAGAAAAUGCAUUGCCUUUGAUGCUUGCUGAGCCCCCACAGAACUUAAUUGCCCAGUCUCAGUCUGGUACUGGUAAAACAGCUGCCUUUGUGUUGGCCAUGCUCAGCCAUGUUGAACCUGCAAACAGAUACCCCCAGUGUCUGUGCCUCUCCCCAACGUAUGAACUUGCCCUUCAAACGGGAAAAGUGAUUGAGCAGAUGGGCAAAUUUUACCCAGAGCUGAAGCUAGCUUAUGCUGUUCGAGGCAAUAAAUUGGAAAGAGGUCAGAAGAUCAGUGAGCACAUUGUCAUUGGCACGCCUGGGACUGUCUUAGACUGGUGCUCCAAGCUCAAGUUCAUUGACCCCAAGAAGAUCAAGGUGUUUGUUCUGGAUGAGGCUGAUGUGAUGAUAGCUACUCAGGGCCACCAAGACCAGAGCAUCCGCAUCCAAAGGUAGGACGCUGGGUCCGGGGGGAACUUCUCUGCCACUUUUGAAGACUCGGUGUGGAAAUUUGCCCAGAAAGUGGUCCCAGACCCAAACAUCAUCAAACUGAAGCGGGAGGAGGAGACACUGGACACAAUCAAGCAGUACUACGUCCUGUGCAAUAACAGAGACGAGAAGUUCCAGGCCCUGUGUAACCUCUACGGGGCCAUCACCAUCGCUCAGGCCAUGAUCUUCUGCCACACCCGCAAAACAGCCAGCUGGCUGGCAGCAGAGCUCUCAAGAGAAGGCCACCAGGUGGCUCUGCUAAGUGGGGAGAUGAUGGUGGAGCAGAGGGCUGCGGUGAUUGAGCGCUUCCGAGAGGGCAAAGAGAAGGUUCUGGUGACCACCAACGUGUGUGCCCGUGGUAUCGACGUUGAACAGGUGUCUGUUGUCAUCAACUUUGACCUUCCUGUGGACAAGGAUGGGACCCCAGACGAUGAGACUUACCUGCACUGGAUCGGGCACACUGGCCGCUUUGGCAAGAGUGGCCUGGGGAGGACCAUACCUGGGAGUUCAGUGUCAGGUCUUGAGUAUAAGAAAAUCGAAAGAUUGGACACGGAUGAUUUGGAUGAGAUUGAGAAAAUAGCCAACUGA